AUGUAUUACUUAUUUAAAUAUAUAAUUCUUGGGGACACAGGUGUUGGAAAGUCAUGUAUAUUUUCUCAAUUUACUGAAAAAUGUUUCACACCAACUCAUGAUUCUGAAAAUGGUCUACAAUUUGGAGUAAGAAAGAUUACUAUUUAUGGAAAACAAAUUAAAUUACAAAUCUGGGACACUGAUGAUCAAGAAUCAUUUCGUCCAAUUACUCGUUCUUACUAUCAAGGAGCUGCUGGUGUUUUGCUUGUUUAUGACAUAACCCGACGUGACACUUUUAAUCAUUUAACAUCUUAUUUAAAAAAUGCACGAAAUAAUUCGAAUUCUAAUGUGGUUAUUAUGUUGAUUGGUAAUAAAAGUGAUCUUAAAUCAAGCCGUGAGGUUAAACGUAAAGAGGGUGAAUCAUUUGCACGUGAAAAUGGUUUGGUCUUUAUGGAGACUUCAGCAAAAACGGUAGCUAAUGUUGAAAAAGCUUUUAUUGAUACAGCAAAGGAAAUCUAUAGGAAGAUGCAGGUUGAAGUUUGUAAAAAUUUUUAUUGA